AUGACAGACCGCUCUGUACAUGAUGGAGCUUCAGCAGCUCCGCUGAACCACCGCAAUUCUAGAGAGGGCACUAGAAAGCGCGGCAGGAAGCCAGGUAUCGUACAAUACUUCAAAGAGGCGUACUCUCCCUCGAGACCGGACCCCUGGUUGAACAGGAAGUUUGCCGUAGGGCUACUCUUUGCCAUAGCAGGAUGGUGCUUCUACGUCGUCGUCGGCCGAGUGUGCAUCCCGGUCUUCCGUGGGACAUCGACUUCACGUUUCUCGGUGGCAACAGCAGCUGGUGUGCUUGCCGGAUAUGUUGUCAUCUUCCUCUUCCUGGCAUGGAGCUAUAUCAGGAUCAUCACCACUGGUCCAGGAAGAGCUAUCGAUCGUGUCGAGCAGACCGCCGCUCCGAACGAGAACCAUACUCCUUUCCCUCAGCAACCCCUUCAGCCCCUUCCUGCGGGUGACCACCAAUCGAAUAUGCUUCUAAACGGGAUAGCACCUCAGCCGGGUCUACCAUCAACGUACGAUGGGGAGACAGCUCAACGCCGUACUUCAGACGAGGAAGAGGGUGGCGCAGCACGCGAAGUCUCCGAGUUCGCACCUGCCAUCAACGCCCUACAUACCGUCCUGUCCCGCCAAGAUCCGCCCGACCACCACUCGUCCUCCGGCACGCUGACCUCGCAAACGCCCCAGCCGGUCGUUGCGGUGGGUGCGAAGAGGAAGAUCCCGGAAUGGCAGACUGUGGAACGGCCACUGCCGUAUCUGCAUCGUGGGCCGAGAUGGUGUAGGUUCUGUCAGAUCAACAAGCCGGACAGGACGCAUCAUUGUCGGCAUUGCGGGACGUGCAUUUUGCAAUUUGACCAUCAUUGUCCCUGGAUAGGCCAAUGUGUCGGAUGGGCGAAUCACAAGUUCUUUAUGACCUUCAAUUUUUGGGCGAUCAUCUACUGGUUCUACCACCUCAUCCUUCUUGUUGUCUACCUGACCCAAGCGGAAGUAGAUGGCCAAGUCAUCGGAGUCGUCGCACUGAGCGGCCUCUUUGGCAUCUUCUGCUUCAUGAUGCUCCUCCAACACGCCUACCUCAUCCUCACUGGCAAAUCUACCGUCGAGUCCUUCUCUGGCCGAGACCAACAAGAGAGCGAGACUCGACACCUCAACGUCGUCUUUGGUUUCUGGUCACAUCGGAAAGCAAAGAGUCUGGUCCGUAAGAAGUGGAAAGAGGACUUUGGGGGAACAGCAGUGGAUGAGCGGUGGCAAGCAGGGAGCAGGAUGGACAUGUGGAAUCGCGAGAUGGGGGAGAAGUGGUACGGGUGGAUCUUCCCGCUAGGCCGUCCCUUGGGAGACGGGAUGCAUUUCCCCUCGAAUCCGAGAUUUGGGCCGAACGGGGAGUGGCUGAAGAAGAAGGACUGGCCGAAAGGUGUGGAAUGA